CGCACACACUCACAACAGGUGUCAGUGAGCAGGAGCAGAGCAGCAGGACCUCAGCCCGGAAGGAGAGCAGCCUCAGCAGCCUCAGCACCAGCACCACAACGCUACCUUUGUGCAAAAUGAAAGGAAGAUACAAAAGAAGGGACCAGAAAGACAGAAGUGUUGUGACAGCGGACGUCGUCGCUGGGCUCGCUCUUCUCCCUGGAGAAAUAGCCGCGGGCUUGUCCGAACCUGAUACACCUGACGCCCGUUACACCCGACAGGACGAACACGGGAGUAAAAGAGGUGCUAAAAGAUCUAUCUACGCUAGUGAAAAGGUUUACCUUGGAGUACGUGUCAAAAUGCCAGUGAGGGACCUACUGAGACAAAAGCGUAUAGCUCAAGGCUGGGAACCUCAAGAUCUUCAGGAGACAUGCAGCAAGAGAGUCAAAGGAGAAAAGAAACGAGUCAGCACUCGUACAGGAUGCCAGACCACCAAGAGAAAACUUCCUACAAAAAGCCUGGAGGAGCUGGCAAUCAUCGUCGAAGUGUUGGAAGAGGAUCUAAGGACCGGCCAUACCUCCCGCUCCCCUUCACAAUUCCUGUCCUCUGAAUAUGCAGUGUCCCCUGAGCAGUCACCAACUGGGUACAACAGUGACGAAUCCGAUGAAAUGAUCCCCAGCCCGCAGGCGUACAUGACAUACUCAUUCGGCACAGCCGAGUACCACCAGGUCCCAUCUCCUCCUGGCUUCAUGUACACCAGCCUCCAGCCUUCCGCUGCUGCAGGAAUGGAACACUGUGGACGAGGAGGAGGGGAGGAGGGGUUUGAGCCCCAGAGCCACAGCUGGAACCUGAACAGCUCUGAGUUCUUCUGGACCCAGCUUCAGAGAGAGGAGAUCCGGUUGAGGGACAUUUCUGAUGCAGCACUGUUGGCAGCAGAUGAGCAUGGCAGAACACCUCUCCUCAAAGUGGCAUGUGUGGGAAAGAGAGCACUGGGCUACGCCAUAGCUAAAAGAAUGGCCGCACUCAACAGCCUGGACCUUAAAGACUCUGAUGGAAUGACGGCCCUCCUUCAUGCAGCAAAUCAUAAUCAUCACCUCAUGGUGGCCGAUCUGAUCCGUUUGGGGGCCAACGUAAAUGAGACCAACAAUUCCGGAAAGUCCUGCCUCCACCUCAGCGCUGAGAAAGGCUAUAUCCGAGUCCUGGAGGUUCUGAAACACACAAUGAUGGAUGGUGUGUAUGUUGACGUGGAAGCCACCGAUAACUGCGGAAUGAGCGUCCUUCAGUGUGCUUCGCUGGCCCUGAAGGCCACAAUGUGUGAGCUGGAAAACAGUAAAUCCCCCAGUCACAGCAGACUCCACACACUCCGCCAAGAGCAGAUGAUGGAGACCCUGGAGUGUCUGCUGCACAUGGGCAGCUACCCUCAUACUAUGGGAAGCUGGGGCAUGCAACCUCGACUCAGCUGACCAUGCAUCACACCUGCCCGGCAGGGCACUUUGGAGACCCCAACAGUAAUGUUCUGAUUUGGUUCAGGCUUGAAUUCAUCAUGGAGAGACCCCAAAUAUUGAGGUUCUUUUCUGUGUUCAGGCCUGUUGUGUAAAGCAUCUGGUGUUUUGUGUGUGGUAAAAAUGCCUGACUUGCAACCAGGUAUUUUUUUUUAAAAAACAUGCACAGGAACAGUAGGUGCCCAUUAGCUGGUUUCUAUGAAACUUCCAUUGUUUGUUACAUUGUGUAACAAGUUGUACUCAACUAGAGUGUCUGUGGUGAUCCACACAUUUAAGAUGUAACAAAAUCAGCUUCUGUUUCACACUGUAACAGUAGUAGUAUUUAAGCAUCAGCCUUAAAUCAUUUAAAGCUGGGAGUAGUUUGAAUUAUGUCAAGACGCAGUUCAUAGAUUUGUCAAUAAAGAUAAUUCUCCUGUGAUAUACUUUAUAUAUAUUUGUACUAAAAGAGAUUUAGAGAAAAAGAUUGUAUAUAUUGGAUCAUUUAAUAGACUCUAGAGGACAUGAUAAGUUCAAGUUUUGAGGGGUGAAUAUUUAGUUCAUUUGACUCAGCACAUUUGUGUGUGCAUGGAAAUGUGUUUUUGUUUAUGCAUGUCCAACAUCUUAAAGAAUCAGUGAUAAUAAAUACUGAGGCAGUUUGGGAACAAUUGGAGACCCCGUCCAUUAUUAGUGUGUUUCCUAAUAAAGUGUUCAGUGAGUAUUGAGUACACUGCAGUGUGAAAUGUGGGAAAACCAUGGGACAUUUUGUUUGCUUUCUUACUGGGAAAUGGAGGGUGACGCCAGUUUAUUCUCUGUGUUUCUUCUCUUCGGCCUAGCUUUAGCAUAGCCAGCAUGCAUGGUACUGGACGACUGGAAAAGCAAGUUUUUAUAAAGUCAAACAUUCUGUUAGAAGGCACUUACCGUGUUCACAGAAGCUGUUGCCCGGUCGUGGUGUCCUCAUUGUGAGUUUGUCAGUUGCCAUGGCAUCACAUACAAGCUGUUGUUUUCGGUGUCCUGAAUCAUUAGAAUCAGUUAAUUAGAAAGAUUUGUUCACCGAACUGUUCAGUACUGCACGACCGGCACAAAGUCUCGGUCUGACACUGAACUGAAAUACAAGUGAAAUUUCAGCAGUGCUGUCACUAAAUACACAACACAUAACAAACAUUACAGCUCUUUCUACUCAAUCGAUAUUGGCAAUAUUGUGCCUUUAUUUUUAUAUAAUAUAAUUACAUUUAUGAUUUACAAAUUUACAGAGAACAUUUAAAUGCAUAUUGAGAUGUCACUAGAAUUAGAUUUUGAGAAGCACCAAACAUUUUCUUUGGUAAAUCUGUUUACAUUGUGUUGAGUUUAUGCUAAGCUAGGUGAAACACAUGUUGAACAAAACUGAUGUGACUCUCUGCUCGUGUAGAUAAAUAUCAUUGUAUUCCAUUAAAGUCAGGGUUUGGGGACAUUGUUCUUUUAAGUUCAUGUACAUGUUUGAAGAUGUUACUGAAACAUUAUGACCAGCCCUGUUUAAUACGCUGUGUUCUCGUGCCACACAAAUAGGCUCUUGGUAACUCAUUAUAUGGUGCACUCACUCAUUCAUUCUUUUAUGGUGGAAACAGGCCUUAAGAUGUUCAGACAUCUCACAGAUUUUAAAAUAAAAGUUUUACUAGUCAGUGUGAUCAGUGUAAUUUGCUUUGCCAGUUAAUGGUCAUAAUGUUUCAGCUGGUCAUUUUUAAGUAAUUCAUCAGGUCUUUUUGUGAAAUGUAGCACAGUUUUUAAAAACAGAUGAAUUAUGUUGGAUCAUUUUCUUGCUUUUAUGUUGACAUUGUCAUCAUUAGCAUCAUAUUCUGGGUUGAACUUUACUCAAAGAUGCUAAGAGCUUCUAAUAUGACACAGAUAUCAAGAGUACUUUAUUUGCUGUUGUUUAAAGUGUGUCGACAAUAGCUAAUAUGAAAUGUACUGAUCUAUUGUUUCCAUAGUUGAUCUGUGGUUGACAUUCUACUACAGAUCGACUAACCCUAUGCCAGUUAAAGGGUCAACGGGAGUCAUCGUUACACUUAUAUGUUUGUCAUACUUAAAUGUUUGUUGUGUUUAUUCUACAAUACAUAUUUUUAUAUACAUCA